CCGAGCCGCCGCCGCCACCGCCGCCGCCGGCGCUGGAAGAUGUCGGCCGGGGAGCGGCGCGGCACGGCGGGCUUCGUUUUCCACUCCCUGCCCCAGAAAAUUUUCUCCUGCCUGCAGGACAGGGACAUCGGGGACAGACUCCUCAAAUGGUCCAUACAAGGCAGGAUCACAGCACAAGCAUUCAGUUUUGACCAGCAGUUUAAGCCCUAUCAAAAGGAUGAGUUUGUUAUGGCAUUUUUUAAUGAUGAAAAUGUCAACUCCAGUUUAAAGUUGCUCUCAGCUUCAGGACAAUGGACUACAUUGGGUUCCAAAGUGACAAAAAUUGAAGCUACAGUGGUGCCCUGUACACAGAUUUCCAUGUCAUUUUUUGAUCGCCUAUACUAUGAAGGAGUUGUUAGAGAAACUGGAGAUAUUGUGAAAUGUUAUGAUGACUAUUAUGAUGAUAUUCUCAUCUCUGAUGAAUUAAGGAAGGUUUUGCUUCUGGAAGAUUCAGACCAUUAUGACAUAUUCAGUCAACUGGAUCGCAAGGAAUUUCUUUUCUGUCUUUUUAAGCAUCUUUGCAUUGGAGGAACUCUUUGCCAGUUUGAAGAUGUAGUUGGCCCAUAUUUAGAAACUACAAAAGCUUUAUAUAAAGACUUGGUGAGUGUUCAAAAGAAUCCUGAAACUAAAGAAAUAUGUAUUACUUCUACAGUCUUCAGGGUGUCUGCAUAUGAUGAUAAUGGCCUGUGUUACCCUUCAAGCAAAAGCCACGAACAGACUUUUGCCUACUUGAUUGUGGAUCCCUGCAAGCGACACGUGCAUAUUCUGUAUCACUGUUUUGGUGGAAGUUUAUUUACUAACUAGUUAUAAACCUGGCCGUUGACCCGUUUUGUAACGGAGGUGGCCUCCUCUCUGCACGAAUUCAGGUAGAAGCUGCCUAGUUUCUUUAGAAGGGAGGAUGUGCUCCUCGGUUACACGCGCUGAACGGUUACACGUUCGCACAGAUGUUGCUAUGUGGCUAGUGACCAGUUUUUCUGUAUUUAAAAGGCAUACUUCAAGUUGUUUUCUUGGCAGUUGUUGCCCCUUCCCUCACCCGUUUUAUCUAAUAGAAGGUAUUUCUCUAG